AUGUCUGCCAACUCAGAUUUGAUACAUAGGUGGUCCCACACUUAUUCUAUUUUGUCGAUACUGCCGUUUCCGAAAAAGAAGCUGCUUAUUGCGGGUACUCAGGAUUCGAAGAUCCUGGUGUUUGAUCUACCUGCAUACAAUUUGAUUGAAACAAUUAAGCUAGGUGAGAUAAGUGAGAAUAAUACUAGAUCUAGUGUCCUUUCUUUGGCCAAAUCUAAAAAUGAGAAAUACUUGUUUUCCGCCGGAGCUGACUCAUUAGUGAGAGUGUGGCGUGUGGGUUCCAGAGACAGUCACCAUGGGGUUUGCUUGACGGAAAUGGCAACUAUAUACUCUGUGACUGAUAUAGGUGACAUAUUUUCUAUGAAAUAUUUGGACUCCUUAGAUACUUUGGUAUUUGGUUGCCAAAACGCAAGCUUGCUAUUCUUAGAGAAUCUAUGUGAAAGAAUGUGUAUUGCUCAAAAGAGCUCUACAAGAGAUAUGAAUAGAUUACCACACCGUAGGUACGAUAAAUUUUUUGAUUCACAAGGACCCACUGGUACGGGUUCCAAGAAACCAAAUUAUGGUGAUUCUGGGACAGAUUCCGGUGACGACAGUGAUACACAAAAUGUAAUAUUAGAAGUACCCUCAGAAAACAUUGUGCCAUACGCACAUAAUGGUUUCAUUUAUUCGAUCUGCAAACUGGAUAAUGAGUUUCAUUCAUUUUUCUCAACUCAGAGAUCUGAUGACACAAAUGUGGAAUACAUAACAUCAGCAAGCGGGGAUGGAAUUAAUAAGAUAUGGAAAUUUUCUGGCAGGGCCAAUACUGUUACCAUUACUUUUAUGGAUAUUCAAUUAGAUAAUCAUGAUAGCGUAAUAUCGCAGGCUGUUGAAUUUCCAUUUCUGUAUUCGGGCCUGACUCAAGGUAUAAUUAAUAUAUGGGAUUUAAGCACUAGGGAACUAGUCUCUACAAUCAAGACGAAAAAUGACGAUGAUAUCACGUCUAUUUCAGUUUAUAAGGACCAUAUUUUUGCUAUCGACGAAUCUGGGAUAAAUAUGAUAUAUGAAAAUCAAGCUAUACACUGGAAUCCCAAUCAAGGUAAAAUUUUAAGCUCUGAAAUAUUUGAGAAGAGCAACUCUAACCAUUCUUUAACUGUAUAUUUGUUGGCUGGUGGAAAUGACGGUUCUUUAACCUUAUGGGAUGUUUCAACACUAAUGGAAACAGGUUUUACCAUGAGACCCUCUACCUUAUCUGCAAACUCUUCGAACAUAUCAUAUUACUCUACCAAAUCGUCAUCAGCAUCCCCAGUGAACAAUGAAGAAAUGCUAGAAACUUUGAAAACCUUAAUUCAAUUUCAAACUGUUUCACAGUGCAAAUCUACACUACAUCAGAUGGCUUUAAGAAAAUGUGCCACCUUCUUGCAGCAACUUUUUACCUCUCUAGGUGCAACUAACUGCCAACUUUUGCCAUCAACGAAAGGCAGUAGUCCUAUUGUAACUGCAAAGUUUAUUGGAUCUCAAACUCAGGACAAAAAAAAAUGCAUUCUUUGGUAUGGGCAUUAUGAUGUUAUAGAUGCCGGUGACACACAAAAUUGGCAGAGUGAUCCAUUUACUUUAACUUGUGAGAAUGGCUACAUGAAAGGUCGUGGUGUAACAGACAAUAAGGGCCCAUUAGUCAGUGCGAUAUAUAGUGUAACAAAUUUGCACAGAAGAGGAGAGCUUUUAAAUGAUGUUAUAUUUUUAGUCGAGGGUAGUGAAGAAUGUGGGUCACCAGGUUUUGCACAGGUAUGCAGAGAAUUUAGAGAAAGAUUAGAUACCGCUAUAGACUGGAUAUUUUUGAGCAACUCUACAUGGGUUGACGAGAAUAACCCUUGCUUGAAUUACGGACUAAGAGGUGUGAUCAACGCUAAACUGACAAUCUCUAGUGAUGCCCCAGACAGACAUUCAGGUGUUGAUGGUGGUGUACAUAGAGAACCAACAGCCGACUUGAUCAAUGUGGUAUCGAAGUUGCAGGAUACUGAUGGGAGAGUACUUAUACCCGACUUCUAUUCACCUGUCAAAGAGAUUGACCAAGAAGAGUAUGAGAGAUUUCAGAAAAUCAUCGAAAUUGCUGACAUUAACAGAGACACAACAGCGGAUGAUCUGGUCACAAACUGGGCUAAACCAUCAUUAUCAUUGACAUCAAUGAAAAUCAGUGGUCCAGGAAACGUAACGGUUAUACCUCAAACAGCAAGCAUUGGCCUCUCAAUAAGGCUUGUUCCUGGCCAGCACGUUGCAAAGAUCAAAGAGGACCUUUUUAAGUACAUCAGGGAUUGUUUUGAUACUCUCAACACUGAGAAUCAUUUAGAGAUAGAGCUUUUAAAUGAAGCCGAGCCUUGGCUGGGAGACCCAAACAAUCAUGCCUACAGAGUCCUAAGAGACGAACUAGCAUUGGCAUGGGAGAAAGAGCCUCUGUUCGUGAGAGAAGGUGGUUCUAUCCCAUGCUUGCGAACACUGGAACAUAUCUUCCAAGCACCGGCAGUACAAAUUCCGUGUGGUCAGUCAACAGAUAACGCCCAUUUGAAUAACGAAAACUUACGAAUCAAAAACUGGACCAAAAUGGCAGAAAUACUAGACAACGUAAUAAACAAGCUGUAG